CGACUGUGGCUUUGCUAUGCCUCUAAUACUAGUUUCAAAUUCUGGAACUGUCAGAUGUCCGAUUCUAUAAUAUGGGGGGCGCUGGGGUAGCAAUUGAAUUCUUAAACAUUCGAAAAAUAAUUUGCAAGCACUUUCCUACGACUCCCAAAACCUCUUCCGCACUACCUUGAAGUACCACCUCAAACCCAGCACCACCACACCAUCAUGGCCUCCGCCCUCAAAUCCGCCCUCACCACCUCCCGCUCCCGCACCCCCUCCCCCUCUACCUCCGUCCCCGACCCCUCCCGAAGAGACAAAUACCUCCUCCGCGUCACCGCCGGCCCCACCUACGCCACCUCCUCCCACACCCUCGUCUCCGUCAACAGCAGCGCGCCAACCCACGUCUCCACCCCCCUCAUGGACGCCUACCUCAACGUGCGCAUCCGCGGCUACAACGGCCUCCCCACCUCCGCGCCGCCCACCGACGAACGCUACUUCUCGCACCCGCUGCACACGUCCGAUCUGCACAGCGUGGGGUACACGUUCGUCCCGAAGCGCGACAUCCCAGGCCAGGAUCUGGUGACCGGUUUCGAUUUCGACCAUAGCAUUAGGGAUAGGCUGCCGCCGGGGUUCAAGACGGCGAUGCGCAUCGCGACGACGUUGCUGGAUCCGGGGCUUUAUGCGGAUCCGUACUCGGACGCGCCGUUUCUGUACGGGCCGGCGUUGUCGAGUUUCUUUGCGUUUCGGGUCGGGGAGAAGCGCGAUGGCGGCGUCCAUGUGGAACAGGGGGGAGUGAUUGAGGAAGGUGGUGAUGGGAGCGGUGCGGAGGUGAGAGAGAAGCUGGGCGUGCCGGCGGCGGCGAAUAAGCGGCGGAAGCACUUUUUGAAGAGGGAGAGGUUGGAGGGGUUUGUGUUUGAGGAGGGGAGGAGGUAUGGCGGGGAUUUCUUCAAUCCGUAUUUGGAUUUUGCGAACUUUGCAUUGAAGCUCCCCGGGUUCUCGAUCUCGGUAGUGCGGUAUAUCGAUGACAAGACGCAUGAGCUGAGGUAUGUGCUCAAAGAUCGGGAGACGGGGGAGGUGGGGUUGGUUGUUGUUUUUACGUUGCUCUUUGGGAAGAAGCUGGAGGAGGCGUUGGCAGCUGAGAAGAGCGCGGGCGGGAAGGAGUCCAUGGAGGAAACUUCUGCAAGUAGGGAAAAGGAAGAGUUCCCCGUGACGAACGGUGUGGCCCCCGAGCCGAGAGAGGUCUUAGAUGUGGAGGAUGCUCAGAAUAGGGAUGUCAACGUUGCCAACGGCACUCCAUCCAAUCUUCCGAUACCGACGACGACAACGGAAGAACAGCCCGAGGACCACCGUCUGGAUAGGACGCACUCAUCAGACGUCUCAGCCACGCCAUCAUCAGAAACAUCUGAGGAUUCGGCAUCGGAGAACGUAUCGUAUCUGACCUCGACGCUCUAUUCUGCACUCUCGUCGCUAGGCUUCGGUGCGGUUACAUCGAGUUCCACAUCUUCUGCCGAGUCGAGCAAAGAAAGCUCUCCGUCGAGACAAUCUGGCUUGAACCGUCAUGUGGAGUCCAUAGACGAUGGGGGCAUGGGGGAUUAUUUGAGAAGUCGGAAUGCCAGGAAGUAGGAUUUGGGUUGGAAAAACGGAGUGACGCAAUGUGAAACCAGAGUAAGAACGAAAUUGCAUCCAACAAGCGGAAAACAUAGAACUAGACGAAGCGAAUACGAA